GCCAGGGGUCCCCGCUCGGCGUCCCCGCGAGACGGUCGAGCCCCGGCCGGCUGCGCGGCGCGCUGGGUGCAUGUGGGGGCUGCUCCGGAGCGGCGGCGGCUGCAGCUGGAGCCAGGCGCUCGCCUGUCCGCCGGUUGGCUCGCUGGGACGGCGCGCACCGGCCGCAGAGUCCCUUGAGUGGAUUGGGAAGCGACGCCCCACCUGCCCCGAGCUCACCAUUUUCCUCUCGCGCUGGCUGCAGCUGACCCGGCGAAGGGAACCGACCGGGCCCUGGGCUGGAGGUAAAACCCCACGGAAAGAACAUGAGGUUCCCUUGGAAAUCAUUCAAGAGGAAGAUGGAAGGGGCUGUUUAAAAGAGCUUAAAACCUACAGGCUGUGAGACUGGGGCCUGAGUGCUGGCAGUGGAAAACGCUGUUGGGCUGUGAUCUCUCCCUAAAAAGUUCCAGGUGCCUUUUUGCUUCCUGCAAAAGAAAGGAAGCGAAAGAGAAGACCAUGUCCAUAGCCCUGAAGCAGGUAUUCAACAAGGACAAGACCUUCCGGCCCAAGAGGAAAUUUGAACCUGGCACACAGAGGUUUGAGCUGCACAAACGGGCUCAGGCAUCCCUCAACUCGGGUGUGGACCUGAAGGCAGCUGUGCAGCUACCCAGUGGGGAGGACCAGAAUGAUUGGGUGGCGGUACAUGUGGUGGACUUCUUCAAUCGGAUCAACCUCAUCUAUGGCACCAUCUGUGAGUUCUGCACCGAGCGGACCUGCCCUGUGAUGUCAGGGGGCCCCAAAUAUGAGUAUCGGUGGCAGGAUGACCUCAAGUAUAAGAAGCCAACAGCGCUGCCAGCUCCCCAGUACAUGAACCUUCUUAUGGAUUGGAUUGAGGUUCAGAUCAACAACGAGGAAAUAUUUCCAACAUGCGUGGGUGUUCCCUUCCCAAAGAACUUCCUUCAGAUCUGCAAGAAGAUCCUGUGCCGCCUUUUCCGGGUCUUUGUCCACGUCUACAUCCACCACUUCGACCGGGUCAUUGUGAUGGGUGCAGAGGCCCAUGUCAACACCUGCUACAAACACUUCUAUUACUUUGUCACAGAGAUGAACCUCAUAGACCGCAAGGAGCUCGAGCCUUUGAAAGAGAUGACGAGCAGGAUGUGUCACUAAUGCUUCACCUCACCCUUUGGAAGAAAGGAAAGCUGUUUCCUCCUGGAGCCCUGAGCGGGCAGGAGGUGGACCACCCUGGCUUAAAUGACACACCUACUCCCAGGAGCAGCAGAGGUGGAGGCAAGCAGUGACUCCUGAGAGACAUUCCCCACUCACUUUGUGUGCUCUUAACCUUCUGAGUGCUGCUCGCCCAGACCUGUGGACCAAGCAGAUCACAACGUGAAAGAAGGACCAGUCCCUUGAUUGUUCUGGCUGGGGAAUUGUCCACGAGGAAGCCUCUGCACUUCCACACAUGGCACAGUUCUGCCUGCGACCUGCCACCUAAGCUUUACUGGAAUUCAGGUUUUGAGACUGAGAUGCUUGUUUGUAUUUUUCCACUUAUCUGUCUUGUCAGCUGGCCGACUUCUCUGUGAUUGGUUUUCUAAGUGCCGGGUGAAUUUUGGACCUCUGGAUGUGCAGCAAGUUUUUAUGCAAUAAACCUUCCUUUCAGGUCUCUAAAAGCUCCUGCUCUGGUCUGUGGUUUAACACUGCAGGGCUGUGGAGCUCUGAGAGACCUGAAUCCCCCAUCCCCCACACCCCCCUACUGUCCCUGCCUAGGCAUCCAUAGUAUUUCCCUAAUAAGUAGUUUUAUCAGGGACACUCCAUGGGGUGGCUUGUCUCUGCCCCAAACAGGGUCUUCACAUUCUAACUGCAGGGAAGAGACUGGUUACUAGCGUAAAGCUGACAAGUUACCAGUUCACCUGAUCAGAAUGUAUUUUUAUAACCACCGUCAUUCUUUGUCUCUUCAGUUGAAGAUAUUCUUUCCUGUUUCCCAGAGGAGAGAAAUAAAUAAUAAAAGUCCUAAAUGACUAAGAAUGAUCAGCGGGAGCCUUGGGCAUGAUUACUGCAGUGUUUGUUCUUGAUUAAAGAGCAGGGAGUCGUGGCUGUCUCUACAUAAUACUAACAUUUCAGUGAAAAAAUAAAAGUAAAAUUGGUUAUUUGGUACGUGUAGAUUUAACACCCAGAUGACUGACUUGUAACCCUCCCCACUGGCCUUCUGAGCGUUUAAACCCAGCCGUCAUUCUCUCCCCACUCCACACUCCCCACUCCUCUGCCAUGUUAUGUUACAGCACAAAAUUAAUGUCUGCCCCUGUGAUUGUGCCAUGGUUGCCAAGGUAACGGUGGAGCUGGAGCUAACUUCCUUCUUUCAUCCUUUCCAAUUUUUCUAUUCCAGAAGACAGUCAGAAUAAUGCAUUCUGUACUACAUCCUGCCUUUUGAAACUUAAAUGAGUUUUCGUUGAUGAAAUGUUGCCUUCUCUGAUUCAUUCACAAAACUGUGGUGGUUCUGACUGCCUGUGACGAGGGGGUCAUAAUACUUCCAGUGAUCCUUUUAAUUUAGCAAAAUAUUUGUUGGUGGAGGGAAGUAGAUAAGAAUGUAUUAGUGUAUUUUAAUGUAAUAAUGAUUAAAGAAUAACUGAAUGACUCUGAUUUUGUUUUAUUAUACAUAAUGUGUUAAAGCCAUCUGUGGGUGCCACAAAAGCCUAGAAUCAUGAAAUCUUUGUCCAAGCUAAGAAAGGGCUCUCUCUGUGGGUACGGUGGCAUUCUCUGUUGACCUAACCAAGCAGCCUGAACCUUGCUUUGUGUCUCAUAAAGGUCAUCUCAUGGAAUCCAAUUGCUGCUACCUCACCAUGUUGCUGUGCGCUGGUCAACAAUUAACAUACUUUUUUCCUCCUUUCAAAGUAGCUUCGAGAGUACAAAAUAGGCAAAGUUUUUUCCUUACAUCAGUUUUGGCCCAAAGAAUAUCUGACCAUCAUAGAGAUCCAGAGAACAGAAAUAAGAGUCCCUAAGUCCCAGCGUCUGUAAUACGCAGUUACCAGAUGGGAAUGCAGUACAGUGGGACAGAGAGGUGACGACGAAACCCAUGCCCCGGAGGAACUCUGUAGCUGUGCACCAUGGAACGCCACAGGAUUUUUGCAUUAAAAAGUUGAAUAUGUUCCUACAUUUCAGCAAUGCAUAAUCAAGCAGGAGGCUGGAAUCUGGAGACGUUUGUUAUUCACUCUUUUUAAGGUUAUUUUGUAUUAACUGUGCAUAUGAAAUUUCCACUCAAUUUAAAAAUCCAAGUGUUUUUAAGCUUCUUGGAACAAUUUCCUCCUGCUUGUAUUGUUAAUUGCACUAAUGAACUCUUCUAGGGUAAAUUCUGGCAAACUACUCUUUUUUUUUUUUUUUUUUUUUUAAUUACAGAAUGUUCCUGUUCCCACAGAACUUUGGCACAUUCUGAAGAAAAUCUCUGCAGUCAAUUUUUAUCUCCUUGGCUUGACGGCAUCUAACUGUUCAUCUCUGUUAUAAAUGGAACUUCAGCCGUCUGGGUCAGAGACUGACAACCCUCCUUUGUCUUCCUAACCUGUCCUGCUCGCCUUCUUUUUCUACUUUUGUUUUAAUUUUGGGAAAUUUUUAAGUAAAAGUUACAAAGUUGAAAGGUGAUAGUGAGUACCCUUACAGCCUUUAGUGUAUUAGUUGUUAACAUUUUGCCUUGUUUUCUUUUCUUCCUUUUUUUUUUUUUUUUUUUAAGAGAAGGGGUCUCUCCCUGUUUUACCCAAGCUGGCCUUGAACCCCUUGCCUCAAGUGAUCUUCCCCCUUAGCCUCCUGAGUAGCCAGGAUUAUGGCAUGUACCACCGCACCUGCCUCACAUUUUCUUUCUCACUGUAAAUACACAUUCUUAUUCUUGAACCUUCUGAAAAUAAGUUGCAGACAUCAUGAAAAUGUAAAAUACUUCAUCAUAUUCUUCCUUUUAAUAAGAGCAUUGUCCUAUAAAUCUGCAAUAUUUUCCCACCCAUGAAAGUGAACACUGAUACUGUAUAAAUCUAAUAUAUGAUCCAUAUUCAAAAUUCUCCAGUUGUCCCCAAAAUAUCCUUUAUAGCUGUUUAUUUUAAAAUCCAAGGUUCAAUCAAGAAUUAUACGUCACAUGUAGUUGUCAUUCUGUUUUGUUUCCUUUAAUCGAUUAGAGUUGCCCUUUUGUGUGUGUCUGAGUGGUGGGUGAUGGAUGGUGUUUGUGUAUGAUGUGCAGUGUGUGUGUGUGUGUGUGUGUGUGGUAUGUCUUUCAUGACACUGAAGAGUUCAGGCAAGUUGGUAGAAUGUCCCACAAUCUAGACUUUUUUACUGAUUGUUUCCUCAUUACGAGAUACAGGUUACAUGUUUUUUUCCAAGACAACUACAUGUGUAAUGUUGUUUCCUUCCUACUGCCCCAGCUCAGGAAGCACAUAGUGUCUAUUUGUCUCUUUUCUGAUAUUAGGACUGAUCAGGUGUUGUCUGCCUGAUCCAAUCAUUAUCAAGUUCCAUAAUUCAUUAUUAAGCUCUGAAAUUCAGGAUACGUACAUUUAUAGUGUGAGGCUGUGCAUACAUACAUUCAUUUCUUAAUGUUCUCAAGGAGGUCCAGGUUCCCCAAAAUAUUAUAGUCAUUGCAGUCAGAUGAUAUAGCAGUAGCAAAACAUUCAUUCCUUUCCAUGUAACAGGAGGGAGGGGAAGAAGGAAGUUUUCAUGUGCAGGCAGUAUGUGAGUGCGUGAGCAAGUGAGGAUUUGUACAUUCCCUGUAGCCAGAGGUGAAAUAUUCAACGCUUUUAUUUUUUCUCCCAUCUUCAGUGACCUCCCAUUUGGGCCCAUAGUUUAUUUAUAGAGAGCACACACUCCCUAAUUGUCAGUUGGUUUCUUUGGGAAAACCCUUAGAUAGUACAGUGGGUUAUGACCCUCCAAAGGACCACGAGUACAUAAACAGAUACAAAGUAUUUACGUGGUAUUAAAAUUUCGUGGUGAUGGUGCAAGGGAGAGAUGAUUAGGAAGAAAAUGUCUUAAAUGGCUAUCAUUGAGAAAUACUGAUCUAGAGUCAUUUCCUGUUUCUUAAAUUGUUCGUUUUUCUCUUCCCUGGGUAUUUUCUCAUUUCCAAAGACCCAGAGUCUCAGAGCCAGGUUAAGUGGAAGAAACUUUGAGAGAUUUCUUAAUCAAUUCCUUCUAUCUCUCAAACCAUCAGUAACUUCCCUGGUGAAAAAAUUAUACUCCUCUUACAGAUCUUCAGGCAUGGAAAUUCUACAGCAUUCUUUGGUAUAACCAACCCACUGAACUCUCCACAACAUCUUGAGUUCCAUUCAACUCGAGCUGAAGUAUUCUCUUUGAGUUUCAGUAGAUCUUUUCUAGUGUCCCACUUUUAGAAAGGUCCAAAGAUGAUAUAUAAUAAGAUAAGUGAAAAUAUAAUUAAUCAGAGCUUUAUUUGCAUAUCCAUUAAAUAUCUGAAGGCUAUUACCAAUUGUGCUUCAGCCUCCUUUCCCUUGCAGUUCUCCUAGGGUGGCAUCGUCUACGCAGUCUUGUUGCUCCAUUGUUGACCACUGAUGUAACUCAACGUGAAACCUUCCCAAAGCUCUCCACAUCACUCUCUGUUAUGGAUGUUACCAGCAGUGAACAUGAAGAGAACUUAUUUCAUGACUUCUCCAAACUAUAUUAUCUCUUUGCUAAGUCCAGACCCGCUUUUUCUACAUUUACAGGUUUUCUAUUUUAAUUGCCAUGCAAAAUUCUUUAUCAUAUUCAAUCAUUUUGGUUUAUCUUCCUGACUUCUUACCUUUAACAUCCCUGCUAAAGAUUACACUGUUGUUGUUUCUUUUUUUUUUUUUUUUUAACUACUCCUUUAAUUGGCAAAACAUUAAGGGACCUGAAUAGAAUUACUCUUAUCUUUUUGUGCUGAUUUAUGUCAAUCCAUCAUUCUGGUCAUUGAUGGAAGCAAAUUGCUUCCUAUGGUCUCUAAACCUUAUGUCCCUUCCAUACUCCAUGAGUAUCACACUGUGAGAAAACAAAAACAAAAGCAUUGUAGGGAAAGUAUGGCCAUUAUCUUUGAGGAAAUGUGUACCUAGGCACAAUCACUAAAAGGAGUUGGAGGUAUCAUUUGGUUAACACUGUUGUCAUUCUUGUUCUUAUCAUUUUGGACCUUGAAGAAAUUGUUGAUUCUCUCCUAGAAUUAGACAAACAAAGUGUGUUUGGAAAUAAUGAUUGUUUUCCUGCCUUAAAAAAUAUAUUAACAAAAAGCUUUUAUAAUAGGCUAUUUCCCUCUGGGCAGGUAUUAAUUCUGAGUAAGAAUUUUCAAUGACUACAUAAGGAUUUGCAUAACUUAUGAAAGAAGAGUCCAUUUCUAAUCAAAUAAUUCACCUGUUUUACUAGCUUACAGUGAUCUGAUUUCAGAGUUUUGCUGUAUCUUUUUUACAUACAUCAGAAAAAGAAAUGUUUACUAUAUUUUUAGUUCCAUUUAUGAUUGUAUUAAGCAUUUGACUAUAAGGAAAACUAACACUUAAAUCAAUUAGAAAAGCAACAUAAAACUAAAGGAUAUUUAGAAAAUCAGUUAUAUGUGAGCUUGGAUAUUCAAAUGUCACAAAUAAAAAACAUAUAACUAUUA